AUGGAGAAUCUGGUGGGGCUAAGGUUUAUUCCGACAGACGAGGAGAUCGUCGACCAUUAUCUCCGUCUUAAAAAUAUAGGUGGUUCCAACACGAGCCAUGUCGAUGAAGUCAUUAGCACAGUCAACAUCUGUAACUUCGAUCCUUGGGAUCUGCCUCCGCAGUCGAGGAUCGCGUCGAGUGAUCAGGUUUGGCAUUUCUUCGGACGCAAGGAAAGCAAAUAUAACAAAGGUGAGCGACAGAAGAGGAAAACCAAGUCUGGUUUUUGGAAGAAAACCGGUAAUACCUUGCCUAUCAAGCGAAAGAGAGGUAACCGCCAAAAAAUCGGUGAGAAACAGGUUUUGGUGUUUUACAAGAACGGAUCCAAAUCCAACUGGGUUAUGCACGAGUAUCACGCUUCUUGCCUCUCUCCUCCUCAGAGCGGCGCAUAUACUAUCUGCAAAGUACAGUUUAAGGGUGAAGCAAGUGAGAUCUCUUCUUCUUCCGGUGUCGACAAUGUUGAGCACAGUCCCACUCCUAUGACCAAUCCUGAGAGUCCAAGUCAGUUUAGUGGUUUUCGUGACCAUCAGCAAGAAAUGCAGUUCGAAGCUGAAACUCAGACAGAUUUCGAAGAGCUAUUAAGCUAUGAUUUGAGUAGCCUGCUUGAUUAUGAUGGUGAUGAACAGAUUGAGAUUGCUUCUAUGCAAAAGUCAAUGACCAGUAUCUUCAUCGGUCAUAUAUAG